GGAAAGUCCUGCUCAGCCGCUCUUAAAGCGACCUCCUCCUCCCCCCACACACCACACACCACCACCACCGCCCCCCCCGGAACUGGGGAGAGAAGACGGGGAAUCGAUUUGUGGUGUUCCGAUGAGAUCGGCCUCGGUCGCGUAUCUCGGUGUGCAUCAGGAGGGUGGGUGCAUCGUCCUCGUCACCGCGUGCGACCCUCCCGCGCGCCUGGGCGGGCACGAUGAUGACCGAGGUGUCCAUCGUGGAGGCGUACGACGCCCACCUGUUGGGCAGCCUCGUCCAGGAGGAGGAUGAAGACCGCGACCUGCAACGCGCCCUCACGGCGGGGAGACUCGCGGUGAUUGCUGCCAGGGCCCCCCACUCCACGGCGCCGGAGGACGUCCCGCUGGGACCCCACGGCGAGCCGGCCAGCCUGGGGCACAUAGAGGAGUCGGCUCUGCGCCUCUCUGCGCUGAACCUGCGCCUGGAGCAGGAGAACGACGACCUCGCCCGGCAGAUCCUGCGCGACAAGGCCUCACUGCGGGCCCAGCUCGACCUGGUGGAGAGCCGGGUGGAAUUGCUGACUCAGCAGCUGCAGCUGUUGGGUGUGAGACUCAAGGAGACGGAGGAGGAGAAGAGACGCGCAGACACGGAGACAACGCAGCUGAAGGAGGUGUGCAGGAGGGAGUUGAGCAGCGUGGAGCGAGCGACCGUCGCCAACCACGACGCCAUCGCCACCCACAAGCAGAUGAGCUCCAGACUGAGUGCUCAGCUGGAGGAGCUCUCUGAAGACGGACGGAGGAGCAUGGACCUCGUGCGGAGUCGAUCUCAGGCGUGCGCUCGUUGCUCAGCCCUGCUCAGUGGCUUACUGAAGCAGCGGCAGCAGCAGCAGCAGUGGCAGCAGCUUUCUGUGGCCCAGACCUCGCCCAGUUCCGACCCAGCAGAACUCCACCACGAGACUCUGGAGGAGGAGGUGGUGGAGGAGGUGGAGGGUGACUGCUCGCUGGAGCCGCUGGGAGAGAGCAUCUCAGCUGGAUCCCUGAACAAGGAGGUGGAGGAGGUGGUGGUGGACAAGGUGGUGGUGGAGGUGGUGGACAAGGUGGUGGUGGAGGAGGAAGAGAUGAAGGAGGUGGAGGUGGAGGGUGACUGCUCGCUGGAGCCGCUGGGAGAGAGCAUCUCGGCUGGAUCCCUGAACAAGGAGGUGGACGAGGUGGUGGUGGACAAGGUGGUGGUGGACAAGGUGGUGGUGGACAAGGUGGUGGUGGACAAGGUGGUGGUGGACAAGGUGGUGGUGGACAAGGUGGUGGAGGAGGAGGAGGAUGGAGACGCGUUGAGGAGCCGGCUCGGGGUCGUGCAGCGCGAGUUGGCCGCCUCCAAGCUCCGGCUGGUGGAGGCCGAGUGCACGAUCCAGGACCUGCAGCACCGCCUCUCCGUCACGCGGCACGAGCUGGGCGCCAAACGCAUCUCCCGCUUUUUCACUCGACCUCAAAGCUCCACCACCUAGCGCUGAACACCCCCAACCACCCCCCGCGAUGGUACAGUCCCAAUAGGUCGGCGUUCAUUGCGGGCCCGUGCCAAGUGUAGACUGUGCCAAGUGUGGACUCCAUUGAGCAGAAAAGGGAGAUUUUUAACUUAAUUCAGUUUCACUUCCAGGAUUUUGUGUAAAUUAUUAUCCACCCCCCCCCCCAGUCGCAUAUAUUUUAAUGGUAUAGUCUCAUUAGCUCGAGUUGCUCGGUGGGAUGUACUAACUUAAUGGAUGAAUAUUCUAGGGGUAGAGGCAAUGAUUUUAUAUCCUUCCCACAAUAACUUAAAUCCACUUUGGGUAAUCGUAAGUGAAGUUUGUUGUCUCUCAUUGAGAGGGGGUUUUGUUUUAAAAGUCUUGAGUACCCCCCCCUCCCCACAAUGUUCCAGUAAUGAUUGAGUCCUAAUCAGUAAACCUAUGCACGGACGAUACCAAUGUUCGUUACUUAGCUAUGAAGGGUUGUGUGGGGGGGGAGGUUACCCUCCAUUAGUUCCUUAAAAUAUUUUAGCUAUUUAACGCCAAUAAUGAUGCAGUCUUCUUGUGCAAGUAGCCAAACGUCUGUUUACUUAAAAUGUUUUCCCCUAAUUAGCCUAAUCGUGGCGUCCGUCGUUACUAUUAUAAAAACUAAUUCUAAAUAUCGCGAGGGAAGCUACUUUUUACGGGCACCGCCAGGGCCAAUCGGGAGCCGGCAUUUUAGUCACGCGGUGCCCUCUGAGCCAAUGCGACGCCGACUUAGAACGAGAUUGUAGAACUGCAAUUUACUUGAGAUUAUCAUAAUAACGUUGAUUCAUUACGAUAAUUGUUUCGUCGGUUAACUGUGGCGUAUCGAAGUGUAUGUAUUUUCGUUGUUGUUGUUGGCAAUGCAGGAAUGUUAAUUUAUACUUGUGUGUGUGUCCUUGCAUUUAACCAUUGGUGAGGCAGUAUCUCUUUGAGAUUUCAGGGCGAAAGCGCAGCCCCUGCAAGUUCCUUGCCAGUCCCAAUGCUGGUGGAAGUGACCUCGCUCGAUAGACCGAGAGAGAGAGACACGGGCGGACACGCACCACAUCCUGAUUUGAUCUACUCUUGCUACACGCCGGCCAGUGAUUUGCGUCUUGCGAAGCUGACAUGGGAGCUGCCCACCACGUGAUCCCACCACGUGACCCCACCACGUGGUCCCACCACAUGACCCCACCACGUGACCCCACCACGUGACCCAACCAAAGCUCCCCCGUGUAACCUGCGACACUAUUGGGGCCAAGUGCCGUCACUAGCGAGCAGCACCCACGAAGGCCGGCACGGCGCGCGAGGGGCCGGGUGGCCAGCGCCACGCCCGGCCGCCUUUGUCUCCCCGGUGGCGGCGAUGUUUACUACACACCGCACCAGGUUACUCAUUUGAGGCCGAGUCGACCUAGGGAAGGCCCAGGACCGGUUCGGAUAAUCGUCGCCGGGUUCGUAGCGCAGUGCGCUGACCGCUGCCGCACCACCGCUCUCCAGAUACGAGCAGAAAUUCCACGUUCCCAUGGUGGGGUCCCAGGCUGUCCUGCAGCUUUGUCCCAAUUGGCCGCCUCUCUCUCUGGAGCGAGAGAGCGAGAGA